AUUAAUACCGUCCAAUGAGAUUGAUAGUUCGGCGGUUGACUUUACAUACUUUAAUUGGUAAGACAUUCUCCAAGUGAAUGGAAUAAGAAAUUUCUCAAGUUGUUGGAAUAACCCGUGAUUGAUCCUAGCGUAAGCCAAUGAUCUCGGAAACUGUCACGAGAGACGGGCGGAGGAGAGAAUUGACACCGCGAUCAUACGUAAAUGAUAACCAAUAUAUAAUUCAUAGACCCUUUAACAGCGAGCACAAUACAGAAUAUAGAGCAGCAGUGGCGAGAAGUCGGGAGUGGGGCGAACAUUCUCCUUACGUAAUGCUGGCGUUCUACACGAUCCUAUCGCUGCCAUUUUACAUCGCUAUUGUCGGAACUUUGGUGCUUAGUUUGAUUGUGUACUUGAAGAGUUUUUUGUGCUCCCCGGAUAUACUUCCGAAACUUUUCUACAAGGAAUCAACUUUAGCAACUCAUAUACUGAAAAGGUGCAAGUUCAAGACGAGGUCGUUUUCGCCAUCGCCGUGGAUAAAGAAUCGCCACAUUCAAACUUUCCUCCCAUGGAUCAUUCCGCAUAAUUGCAAAUGUCAGUUUGACAGAGAAUAUCUUCAACUGAGGGAUAAGGGUGUCGUGGCACUGGACUGGGUGACAAAUAUCAACAUUCCAAUGAAGAAAAAGCGAACGGUCAUCCUCAUUAUUCCCGGACUAACUGGUGACGCAAUUAGUGUUUCAUCAUUAUGUGACGCAGCAACAUGCAGGGGAAUGCAAUGUGUUGUUUUUAACAGAAGAGGACAUGGGGGUACUUUUCUAACUACACCUAAAUUACAAAGCUACGGCGACCCAUCUGAUCUUCGUCAAGUUAUAAAAUAUAUCCAUGACAGAUGUCCCAAAACGCUAAUAACAGUGGUGUCAUUUGGAUCUGGUUGUGACUUAUUUCUUUCCUACCUCGGGGAAUUCGGGUCGUCUGCUCACAUUUGUGCAGGAGUAUGUGUUUCACCGUGUUUCGAAAUGAAUCAACGAUCGUCUGACAUUUUCUCAGGGAUUUAUAAAAUAUUUGCGCUUCUAUACAUGAAAUAUAUCAUUUGGAAACAUGCUCGAGCCCUCAGUAACGUCAUAAACGUGCCCGGUGCUCUAUGCUCAUGGUCACUCAAAAAGUUUGACAGCCAUGUUUUCUUAAAAAUGUUUGGGUCUGAAGACAUGGACGAAUUUUAUGAAAGGAACAACCCUCUGAGGGAUGUAGACGAUAUAUCUGUGCCAUUGAUCUUUGUAUGUAGCUUGGACGAUCCUGUGUACUGCACGAACUCCAUUCCACACGACUUGUUCAAAUAUUACCCUAACUUUUUUAUGUUAACCCUAGAAAGGGGAGGUCACUGUGGGUUUAGGGAGAAAAUGGCAUCGGUUUCAUGGGCAGAUAAGAUUUCGUUAGAUUACUUAGAAGCCAUACUAGAAUUUACCAUUAAGGGGUAUAGAAUUAAUUACCAGAGGAACCCCGCGCGUUCCACUAUUUGAUAAACAUCGGCACGUGCUAAAUACUCCUGUCAAAAAAAAUUUGUGCAAACCACAGAAGACGAUUUCAAAUAUGUGGAUGUACUUCAUCUUGAUCAAAAUAUCUUCAGAACUACAUGCAGCUCGUUUCUCUGUACAGCAGAUAAUUAAUCACGACAAAUUAUAGAGAUUUGUAUGAAAGUGUAUUAAAAGGCAAUGAAUCACAACUUUCGUGACGUAUAUCGACAUUUAUAGGGUAAAAGUAACUGUCAGCUAGCUCAGAUAAUAUACGAAUACUUUUGUUUAAUUAGUAACCUUGGAAAGAUCAAGGGAAGUUAGAAAAAAAAUCCAAUCCCGUCGAUCAAAUUACAAAGAUACUGCUCAGAAUUUUAGGAAUCAACUGAUAUUAAAGUAUCAGCAUAGAGAUAAGUGUAUUGAUUCAGACAGAAUUAGGGAGGUGCUUAUCAAUAAGGAAGGGGGAAGAUCUGGAAACAGACCGAGACCGUAUCUUCACUACUAACAUUCCCACAAUGUAUUCUUCCGCGCUACUACUUGUGUUCUUUUUAUUUAAUUAAAAAUUUACAUAUGUU